AUGGCCUUCGUUCCUCUUUCGACAGGGUUGGAGCUCGAGUUCCCCAGUGUUUGUUGGCUCUCUCUAGCCUCGUCCCAGUGGCUGGAGACGGUGUUCCAGUUCCAGUUACAGUUCCAGGCUGGUGGGCAACGCAACGCUGUGGCGUGGAGGGGCGCUUUCUCCUUCCCGACGAGGUAUGGCGAGUAA